AUGGGGAUCUUAGAAAAAAUCGCUGAAGUAGAGAGGGAGAUUGCUAGAACACAGAAAAACAAGGCUACUGAGUACCACCUCGGUCUUCUGAAGGCAAAACUUGCGAAGUACCGUCAACAACUGCUGGAACCUGUAGGCGGCAAGGGAGCGUCUAAAGGGGAUGGCUUCGAUGUUAUGAAAAGUGGAGAUGCUAGAGUUGCAAUGGUGGGAUUCCCGUCAGUGGGAAAGUCUACCCUUCUCUCAAAUAUGACCAAUACCCACUCAGAAGUGGCUGGCUAUGAAUUCACUACACUCACUUGUAUUCCUGGUGUUAUUAAUUAUCAAGGUGCUAAUAUUCAACUUCUCGAUCUUCCCGGUAUCAUUGAAGGAGCAUCUCAAGGAAAAGGUCGUGGUCGACAGGUGAUUGCUGUAGCUAAAACUGCCGAUGUUAUCCUCAUGAUGCUUGACGCGGGAAAAUCUGACCAACAACGUCCACUCCUUGAAAAAGAACUGGAAGCUGUUGGAAUCCGCUUGAAUAAAUGCCCUCCUCAUAUCUAUGUGAAACAAAAGAAGAUUGGUGGGAUCAAAUUCACUCACACUGUUCCAUUAACACACUGCAACGAAAAGAUGAUUAUGACAAUUUUACACGAGUACAAAAUCUUCAAUGCGGAUGUCGUAUUCCGAGAAGACGCAAGUGUUGAUGAGUUCAUCGACGUAAUUCAAGGAAAUCGGGUCUAUAUACCGUGUAUUUACGUCUACAAUAAAAUUGAUCAAAUAUCUAUUGAGGAAGUUGAUCGUUUAGCGAGAAUGCCACACCACGUAGUUAUUUCUUGCGAGAUGAAUUUGAAUAUGGACUACUUGCUGGAGAAAAUAUGGGAAUAUCUUGCCUUAGUUCGUGUUUACACGAAGAAACCUGGCAACGCGCCCGAUUUAGGUCCGGAAGAUGGUAUUAUUUUACGGGCAGGAUGCACAGUCGAACAUUGUUGUCACGCUCUCCACCGUACUCUAGCUAGUCAAUUUCGAUACGCAAUUGUGUGGGGAACAAGCACAAAGUUCUCUCCACAAAGGAUAGUCUUGACGGUAUCAAAAGCAGCGCUGGAUCGUGAGCGUCUAGCACUAGAUUCAUGCAUGCAGGAAAUGGAUGACGCAUACCCCAUGGGUCCUCUUGUCCCAUGUUCCUACUUGCCGGAAGAGUUCAUUGAGUGCAGCGUACCAGAAUUAGCCCCUCCAGCACACAAUGAUACAGCUGAUGCCGGUUUCUGUUCACGAUUUGGUGGCCAAAGAGCAGAAGACAUGGAGUGGACCUGGGUUGCUUGUCGUGCUUUGCCGUGCAUUGAAUGCCGAGGAAGACGGCAUUUUUUCAAAAGAGUGCCUUGCAUAAAAUAUACCGGCCAUCACUUCCUCUCCACUCUCUUGUAUUCCGUGUUCCUGGGUGUUGUGGCCGUGGACAGGUUCUGCUUAGGCUAUUCUGCAAUUGCUGUUGGAAAGUUAAUGACACUUGGCGGACUGGGUGUAUGGUGGAUUAUCGACAUUUUCUUGCUCGUCACUGGAAAUCUUACGCCAGCAGAUGAUUCUAACUGGGAGCCAUACUACUAA